UUCACGCUUCUAUUUUGAACAUCAGACUUUCAAGAGGCCUGUCCAUCUUUCCCUCUCCCUACUCCAUCAUGUAUUUUCAGCAACGAAAGGGCAGUUGCCAGCGACAGCUCAUAAGUAAUCAAUUCGUCAAAGCUUAUGACAUCAUCUCCAUCACACUCCUGGCAUGCCUACUCUCUACAUUCACCUAUGCUGGUGACGACGCCACUUCGACUGCAUCCCAACUAUCCGAGCCCUUUGUCGACCAAACCACGGGGCUCGAAAUGGAGCGAUUCUUCGGCGCGCGAACAUCCUUCGGCUUCGGCUUCGCUCUCCCAGCGGCCAACACAACCUCUACAUCCUUCAUCGGCCAGAUGACGUUUCCACUGAAAGCCGGGCUCGGCUGGGGUGCCAUGGGUCUGACAGGAGAUAUGGAGGGCAACUUCAUACUCGCCGCAUGGCCCGACGGCAAGGGUGGAGUCAUGGCCUCGUUUCGACAGGCCACCGACGAAGACAACCCCCCCGAAGUCACCGGAUCCUUUGCCGUUCGUCCCAUCCCCGACGGAACCGUGGUGAACGCCACGAGCUUGAGUUACACGUUCCUCUGUGAGAACUGUCUUGACCCUACUCUGGGUCUGAGCCUCGAUACCACCGGAAAUGCGGUCAUGGGCUGGGCCCUUUCCGAAAAGGCUCCGCUUGGAGAUGCGACAGAUGUUGGGGCGCGUUUGGAUUUCCACGAGAGGGGCUUUGGUCCGUUCACGGCGAGGCUGGGGGCAGCCAAAUCCCAGAAGUUUGACGCAAUUGCUGCCACUGCUUUGGGGCCUGUUGCAGCUUCGAGUAAGGCCGUCGCCGCUGUGCCUGGCGCUGCUGGUGGAGAUAGUGAUGACGAUGAUGACGAUGACGAUGACGAUGACGAUAAGGAGACGAGUAGUGAAGGUGGGGAUGACAGUGAUGACGAGGAUGAUUAGUAGCUUAAGCAGGACAUUAAGCGUAGUAGUCCAGAAAGACCCUUUUUGCGAGCAGAUAUAUGAUCAUAGUAAACUAUUAUAACUGCACUCUCGCCUGUCUGCAUCUGAUCUGAUAGCUCGUCCAAAGUAAACUCUGGUCACUCGCUUUAUCCUCUCACCAUACUCUAAGCCAAAUCACC